UUCUACUAGUCUGAGUCUUUAUCAGUUCAGUUGUAGUGUGAGUUCUGAAUUGUUCUAAUUGUUAGUUCAUUGAAUUCAUAGUUCUUAUAGUAGCUCAUCUAAUAUGUUACGUACUGCUGCUGUUCGUCCUCUUAAGGGCGGUGUUGUCAUCGCCAGAAGAGCCAUGGCCUCGUCCAGCGACUUGGUCAGCAUCGAAUUGCCUGAAUCGUCGUUUGAAGGCUACAACUUGGAGAUCCCCGAGUUGACUUUCGAAACCGAAAAGGAAACCUUGUUGAAGAUGUACAAGGAUAUGAUCAUCAUCAGAAGAAUGGAAAUGGCUUCAGACGCCUUGUACAAGGCCAAGAAGAUCAGAGGGUUCUGCCACUUGUCUGUUGGUCAAGAAGCCAUUGCCGUUGGAAUUGAGAACGCCAUUACUCCUGAAGAUACUGUCAUCACCUCUUACAGAUGUCACGGUUUUGCUUUCAUGAGAGGUGCUUCUGUCAAGGAAGUUCUCGGAGAAUUGAUGGGUAAGAGAUCUGGUGUUUCUUAUGGUAAAGGUGGUUCUAUGCACAUGUUUGCCCCAGGCUUUUACGGAGGAAACGGUAUCGUUGGAGCUCAAGUUCCAUUGGGUGCUGGUUUAGCUUUCUCCCACAAGUACAGGGGACAGAAGGCUGCUGCCUUCACUUUGUACGGUGACGGUGCCUCCAACCAGGGACAAGUUUUCGAAGCCUACAACAUGGCCAAGUUGUGGAACUUGCCUUGUAUCUUUGCCUGUGAAAACAACAAGUACGGUAUGGGUACUGCUGCUGCCAGAUCCUCUGCUAUUACUGAGUACUACAAGAGAGGUCAAUACAUUCCUGGUUUGAAGAUCAACGGUAUGGACGUUUUGGCUACCUACCAGGCUUCCAAGUUUGCCAAGGACUGGGCUGCUCAAGGCAACGGACCAUUGGUUUUGGAAUACGAAACCUACAGAUACGGUGGUCACUCCAUGUCUGACCCAGGUACCACCUACAGAACAAGAGAAGAAGUGCAACACAUGAGAUCCAGAAACGAUCCUAUUGCCGGCUUAAAGGCUACUUUGUUGGACAAGGGCAUUGCUACCGAAGAAGAAAUCAAGUCCUAUGACAAGGCUGCCAGAAAGUACGUCGACGAACAAGUCGCUGCUGCUGAAGCUGACGCUCCUCCUGAAGCCAAGAUGGACAUCUUAUUCGAAGAUGUAUAUGUCCCAGGAUCUGAAAUCCCAGUGUUGAGAGGCAGAAUCUCGGACGACUCGUGGGACUUCAAGAACAAAACUUUCUUGAACAAGGUCUACUAGAAAAGAAAUAUAGACGCACAUAAAUAUAUCAUAGGCAGGAGUCUCUUGUGACUGUAGAGUUAGGAAUAAAAGAGAAGAUAUAUAAAUA